AUGAAUGAGCGGAUAGUUUCGGUUGUGGUGCGAUCGAUAUCACGACGGUCGAUAUCACUUAUUUUUGAAGAGGAUACGGCGUUUAGUGAUCCAUUGAGCGAUUACACGGGUGAUUUCGAUAUUGUUCGAUUUUUGGACGAGAACAGUACUCCGAUUGAUAGCCCUGUGGCAGACACUGCUCGGUUCAUCUCGCAACAGGUACAAGGUCAUCAUCAUCACCAUCACCACCACCACCAUAACCAACAACAACAACAACAACAACAAUCGCAGCAACAUCAUUAUCAGCAACAACAGCAGCAACAUCACCCGCCACUACCGCAACUGCAUCAAAACAUCACAACUGUUGCUAUUUCUGAAGCGGCCAAUAAAAUGAUGUACCAGAAUCCAGCUAGACUACCUGAUAGUCCACCAAUCACGGAUAUAUCAGGCGCUGGUUCAUCGAGUUCACCAAGCUCUGCUUCAGAUUCACCGUAUUCGCCGGAUAAUUACCAGAGUUAUCAGCUUAUUCAUGGUACUCAGCAGAACGGCAAUGGUCUCAUUCUUGGUAUCCGGCCUGAUUUAGCGACACAUAUGUUGGUACCGCAAGAGCUCCUGCAGCAAAAUCAUCUCGGUAAUCGUAUAUUGCAGCAUGUUUUACCAUCGCCACAAUCCGAUUUUAUUGGUAGUGGUAGUGGAUAUCCGCCGCAGUCGACACCUUCCGCAUUACCUCAGGUUUCACCGCCAGCGGUCAACAUGCGAUCGGUUAAUAGUGGUUAUUUGAUCCAGAAUAAUGAUUAUCAAAUGGAUCCAUAUAGUAACGUGAUCAAUUCCGCAGCUAGUGAUGGUGAUGCUUCAAGCUCACAAAAUGAUGGCCAAAUAAGUCGUAAACGCGUGCGAUCGGAACAGCAGCCACCACUACCACCAUCACAACAACAGCAACAACAACAACAACAACAUCAGCAACAACAUAAUUCAGCAUCAUCUAAUGUGAAAAGUGAACCGCAGAAGGUAUUUUCGUUACCCAGUCAGCUUACGGUAAUAUCAUCACCGGUAACUACAGUAGAAGAUUUUGACGACAGUUUCCAUCAACAAGCAAUCAAAUUUACUGCAUUCAACGAGGAACAUUGGGCUACCUUGUAUGAUAUCAACCAAAGACCAUUACACCAAUUGGAAAUGCAUGUUGUGGCAGAUAAAGGAUUUAAUUAUAGUACUAUGGAUAAUUGCUUUGUAAAUCAGAAGAAAAACCAUUUUCAGAUUUCUGUACACAUCGAAGCAAUUGACAAUCAUCCACCAAAUUUCGUUAAAAUAGGUAACGAAUUGAAAAUGGUAAAAGAAUUUAAGCUAGCAUUUUGUGGUGUAAAAAGUGAAAUGCCAACAUCAGAGAUACAAAUCAAGCAAUCUACAACAGAUAGAAGGCCAGUACCGCAUGAUCCUGUAUCACUUGAAAUUCAUGAACGACGGAUGACAAAAGUAACCGUACCAAGGCUGCAUUUCUCCGAAACAACUAUGAAUAAUCAGCGAAAAAACGGUCGUCCAAAUCCGGAUCAGAAAUACUUCUUACUUGUUGUUCGUUUGAUUGCGUGUACUGCUGAUGGACAUGAUGCUAUUGUUCAGGCUUAUCAAUCCGAGAAAGUAAUUGUUCGAGCUUCAAAUCCAGGUCAGUUUGAGCCACCAGAUUCGGAUGCUACAUGGCAGAAGAAUGGUUCAACUCUAUAUUAUAAUAGUGGUUCGGUGGCAAUUGGCACUGAUCGAGCUGUUGCGCCCUUGACUGUUGGUGGUGACAUCUAUUGUUCUGGAGUUGUUCACCGUCCAUCCGAUCGUCGGAUGAAAGAACAAAUCCAUGAAGUGGAUACCAAAAGCGCCCUAUCUCAUCUUGCCCAAAUUCGCGUUGUUGGCUACUCGUACAAACCUGAAAUAGCGCUAAAAUGGGGUUUGUCAGAAGAAAAUCGCCAUAGAGUCGGUGUUAUUGCUCAAGAGUUGGCUGAAAUUUUGCCCGAUGCGGUUGAUGAUUCACGGAUAUUCUAUGAAACGGUUGCAGCAGCAACUGAACUCUGUCGCCUUACAGGAAAUUUGGAGCACAAAAUUGAAGCUGUUGAAAAGUUAUCUCACAAAUUAGCCAAAUUGCAUCGUCGAAAAAAUAAGGAUAUUGGUAGCUUAGCGAGCGGUCUAAGUGAUCUUGGAUUCUCAGAUAAAGCAAGCUUCAUGUCAUCGCAUACAUCGCUUGCUUCGAUUGCUCCAUCUUGUGUUUCACGUGACAAAUGUCACCGUAGGCAAGUUCUUCUCAGAAUUCUGGACUUUUUUUUGGGGGAUAAUAAAGAGCGGAGCAAAAGCCGUGAAAAAUAUUGGCACUGUAGAAAUCCAUCCUGUCAUCGUGCGGAACCUCCGCUAUGUAGUUCGAAAGUAACCCAAGGAACAAUUGUUAUCCUUGUUGGAGUAAUGGCUAUUUGCUUAAUAGCAAUGUCAACGCUAUAUGUAUUGGACUGGCAUAAUCGAACAUUUGGGUAUCAGAAACGACCAUAUAUGUUUGAAAGUACCACUUCUAAUGGGCCAAUGAUGGAACAAGGUGUAAAAAUUGGUCAAAUUGUCCAAGUCAAGGAUAAUGUUUGGAAGCCACCAAUCCAACCGCAUGCGCCACCACUAAGCGUUUCAUGCGAUCAUAUGUAUUGUCAUACGUUUUGUUGUAUGAAAGAUGAUGAAUAUAGCAUAGCAAAUGAUGACGACAAGGAUCAGCAAACAGUUUUGUCUCUAUCGCAGCAGCAACAAUCGUUAUUAAAAGUCAAGGGCAGUGAGGAAAACCGGGCAUCAUCUUUCGAUAGACGAGCGUUUUUUUCAUCAUUAAUAUCAGAUAUUACUAUUGAAAUACUGGAUUUCAAUAUAACCAUCGAUGAUCGGUAUUGUACAAGUGAUAGUUGUAAACCACAUCGUGGUCUCUACACUUUUUAUAUACCCAUUUCACCGACUAUGCCAACUGUCCCAUUGGAAAUUAAAUUUGAUGUUGGAGAUAGUGGUAAUUAUAUUGAUAAUUGUGGUAGUUUGCGAGAUUUUGAUCAAAAACCGUGCAAUGAUGAGCAUGCUGUAAGGACAGUUCGUGGGAAACAACCGGUUGUUCAAAAGAUAAUAGAAGGAAUUUAUGAACUACCAGUUGGUAAUUAUAUGCACAGCGCAUAUCGAUUUCGAAUUGGUUACAGUACCGAAUCUUGCAAUAUGAACGAAUCUCAACGUGGACGUAGUUUUGAUGAAUAUAAUUUGAUUUUCUAUCGUCGUUGUCAAACUCCAGUGAACUUUUAA